UACAGUAUCUGAGAAUCCAUCAACGACCUAAUGACUUGCUGAGCUAGCAAUGCUCAUUCUAUUCACAUCCCAAAAGUCCUCACCCUCAUUAAAACUGAGCUUGUCUACAGGCUACAGCCAGCUAAAGAGGGGUAGGCAAGCUGUACGUUACAAGUUGCCCUACCAAUAUCAUACAUAACAGAAGAUGCUGAAAGUGUAGCUCCAGUUGUCUUC